CAGUGAGUUGCUGGCUGCCUGCUGGUAUCAUGGAGGCACAGCUCACUGAAACUCUUCUUUGCCACUGUUGAGGCAUCACACUACAACAGGAUCAGUCUGUUCUAUUCCCAGACCCUAUUGCCUCGAGAAGAUCAAGACAUUUUGCCUAACCAAGUCACCAGAUGCAGUACUCAGGUGAAAUCUGAUGGUCUGUGAUUGCCAAGCCAGGUUACCACCCAGUUCCACCCUGCUCUGCCUUAGCCCCAGCAGCCUGCAAGCACUGACAGACCCUCAUAGGGUCCUGUAAGCAUCUCACUGAAAGUGGAAUUGGUAGAAGUUGAUGGCUCGUCACUUAUGACUGCACGUGGGGGAAGUUAAACACUUCCUGCAGUUUUUUCAGAGCAGCCUGUGAGUACGGCAGGAGCUGGAGCACCCCAUCAUCUCCUCUGCAAACCAAGAAAAAGAAAAGUAAGAAACACCAGCUGGAAUAAGAAUAAUGGAAGACUGCCUAGACACAGAAAAUAACUCCACUUGCCCAGGAAUUCCCUAUGAAGAGAGCCAGCCACUUCUGGUUGCUGUUUACAGCAUCGUUUUUGCCAUAGGCCUUCCAGCAAAUUGCUUAACUUCCCUGCUUACACUGGUACAAAUCCAAAGGAAUAAAAUAAUUGCCAUCUACAUUUUCAGUUUAUCAUUGUGUGAGCUGAUGUAUAUAAGUACCUUGCCUCUCUGGAUUAUCUAUGUGCAAAACAGGCACCGAUGGACCAUGGGUGACACUGCUUGCAAAGUAACAGGAUUCAUCUUUUUCUGCAAUAUAUACAUCAGCAUUCUGCUUUUGUGCUGCAUUUCUCUGGAUCGUUACGUGGCACUGGUGUAUCCUCUGGAAUCAAGGGGGAGAAGAGGACAGAAAAAGGCCAUCAUAAUAGUCUGUUUUCUUUUUGCUGUGGUUGCAGUAAUCCACACUCCAGUAUUUUACAUGGAAGAUGAACAAAACCACACAAAUAGAACCUGCUUUGAGACUGUGCCCCUUGGCAUAAAAUUGGCUUCUUUCAGCUUUGCUAGAUUCCUAUUCGGAUUUGCCAUACCCUUCACAAUCCUCAUUUUCACAAACUACAAAAUUUUUCAAAUUACAAAAAGUAGCAGCAGCUUGACUUGUCACCAAAAAGCCAAAGUGAAAUAUCUGGCUAUUGCCAUUAUUGUAAUUUUCCUGAUCUGCUUUGCUCCCUACCAUGUGGUACUCAUAAUAAGAGCCAUACACUUCAUGUUUAAUCAGAAUUGCCCAUGUCCAUUUGAAAGGAAGAUAUAUUCGAUUUUUACAGUGUUUCUGUGUUUAGGCACUGCAAAUGGUGUUGCUGAUCCAAUCAUCUACGUGCUGGUUAGUGAAAACAUCAGAAGAGAUUGUUACAGGAGCCUGAGGAGAUGGAGAUUGAACUCAUCCAAGCUAAAUUCAUCCAUUAAUCACAAGACUGAGAGUAGAAAAUCAAAAAUACAAGAAGAAUCAGGGGAAGAAGGGCAAAGGGAAGAAAACAAAGAACUAACAGAUUCGCCCAACACUCAAAAGACCUGUACUAGUGGCAGAGACCAAGAAGGUGGCAGCUAGCGGGUAGAUGUUGAAACAAAUAAGAAGUUCCCAAUGCCAGCUGCAGGCUGCAGACUGUAGGACACAAGUAUUUCCAUGCUGACAUCAUCUUGCAUGUCCUGCAUGGGUCAGCAACUCCUCGAGGACACUACGGGAGCAAUAAUUCUUAUUUCUUCUGUUUGUCUCCUACAAUAAACUUUGCCCACCAGUAUCAUCGGUGAAAAUAUUGAUUUGCUACGGAUAUGUGGAAUAAACCAAGUAAUUUACUUUGACUCAAAUUGAAAUCUUAAAAGGUUAUUAUUUGGACUGAUUCCUUUGCUCACAUGAGGUAAAAUCAGGUUUAUCAUCUGAG